AUAAACCUUUCACAGGAUCACAGUGGCAUCUCAGCUGUUCAUUCAACAUGAUGGCUGUUUGGUGUACUGCAGGGGCUUUGCUCCUUGUUUUGCUGACUGGUUUGAGUUACAGCUACCCUAUGCAACAAGGAAUUUCCUGGGCUGUUGCACCUCCCAGUCCGUUUUCUGCUGGAGCAUCCACAGGACCUAGCACUCAGCAGUUUGCUUCCAGUGGUCCUGCCCCUCAACCACUUGGCCUAAGCAAUCUGAUCCGGCCUGGUUCUUUUCUUCCACAGUACCAGGCAGGUGAACUGCUCCAGGAACAGAGAAGCUUUGAGCGAGGCAACUCUGAAUUUAAGAACGAAGCGCGGGAUUCCAUGCCUUACCAGGCAGGUGAACUUUUCCAGGAACAGAGAAGCUUUGAGCGAGGCAACUCUGAGACCGAAGAGCAAGGUUCCAUGCCACCACCUCGUUUUGUCUAUGCUGCACCUCUUUUCUAUGUUGCACCACCUUCACAAGGCUUUAAUGGAGGACCUGUGCCAUCAGGCCUGGUCCCCUAUCCUUACCCUUCCUAUGACUACAUGUUCCUGACUGGCCAGUAUCCUCCAGGCACGUAUACUUACACCAGCAACAGCUUUGAGAAGGGGAGGGACAGCGGCGAGAACGCUCUCUACAGAAGGGACAACUAUCCCAGCACUCAGCAGGCCAAGAACAUCCCUUAUAGACAUCGCACCGUCAGGCAGGCGAGUAUUGGGAGUGCUGGUCAGAGUGGCGCAGCGACUGGACAACAGCAGCCCUACAGUGGAGUUGGUGUAAAAGGUUCUUACUCGCAGCCGGGUCGACACCGCCGUGGAGCUCCAAGAGCAUUUCUGAAGAAGGUUGGCUAAACGGUGACUCUGAAGUCUAUUCAAUAAAGAAUAUAACUUAUG